AUGAGCGGAGAAAUGACGGCUCUGAGAUCUCACGAAGAUACCUGUAACCAUUAGCCACUCAAAUUAAGAGGCGGCGAAAACUGAGAUUGCGCCGGCCAAUUUCGUCUGCUGUCUCUCCAGCCCUGGUGAAUUCUCCGGUAGAUUCUCCAUUACUUUUAACAUUUUAGGCAAUUAGAUUUUUCAGAAGUUCCGUACCAGAACGAAGUUGGGUAGAACUCCGGUUACUCCACCAAAGCAGCAAACCCAGAUUUUCGAAAUCAUGAAGUAAUUAAUUGUUGGGGCAUUCCAUAUAUAUGUGGUAGUUGGUAAAAUUCUCAUUGUGUGUGAGCACUGUUUGCUUGGUACUGUUAAUUGUAGGGUUAAUGAGAGUGCUGGACGUUGUUAUUUUUUUAUUGUGCUUGCAACUUUUGGACGAGGGGAAAAAAUUCAGACUUUAAGAAUAUGGAGUUUAUUGAGGACAAAGUGGUGGAGCAUGUUUAAAACUUCCUCUUUUUUUUUAAGAUAUCAAGACGAUUAUUUGAGUACACUCAAAGUUGGAUAAUUUACGGCUAUGGCUUUCAUUUACUAGUUGUUUGAAAGGUUCAACUUUCUCAGUUUCCUGUGAUUGAACAUGUUAGGUAUUACUAUUGGCAUAUGGCAACUAUUUCUAGCUGCAUUGAAUUUUUGAGAUCCAUCAUGAUCAAUACUUCUCUGUUGUGUAUAUUCAGGUUGGGGCUGUUGUUGGAUCAAUCAAUCUUUCAACAUCUAUAAAUGUCCAGAUCAGGAACAAAGCUAUGCAACCGUCCAUAAACUAAUAACUGUGCUGGUGUGCCCCCUAACACAUGAUACUUGGCACCUCAACUCUUAUUCUGCUUACUUCCACUAUUGUGGUAAAGAAGUGAAGGAAAAAACUUUCAUUUCGCUAAAACAAGUAUCUCCAUGUUUAGACUACUCAAACUUCCACCUUCUCUUUCAACUCAUUCUUCAUUUCUUCUGACUAGGCUCUAUUGCUCUUGCUGAAGAGAGAAAGAAGCCUUCUUUAUUAUUAUUAUUAUUAUUAUUUUUAAAUAACUGCCCAUUUAGACAAAGAUUAAUUACAGGGGAGCACUAUGGGGAGAUGUGUUUGAUUUGGUCUCUGUUUUAGAUGAAGCUAUAAUUGUAUGAGAAUUCCGAAGGGAGUAAAUAUUCUUGUGUUACAUGAUUAGAUGUUUCACACCUGAUGAGUCUCUGGACAAGGAAGCUUGUAUUUUCUGCCCUGUAGUAGGAUUGGAACGCUUAAAUGCAAAGGUGAAGUUUAAUACUCCUUUUGACUUCUCAAAAAUUUACCUAAGAAUUAAUUUUACUUGUAUUUCUCCUUCUGCUUUAUAUGGGAAGCAGAAUCAAGCUUUACACAGGCUUUCAGAGGUAUUAUGUAUUGACCAGUGACAAUUGCCUGAUGCUUAAGCUCUCUUAUUUCUCCCACCUUCUACAUACGGUGAAAGAAUUUAGCACAGACUAACACCAAGUAUUUUUUGUUAUUAUUCAUUGGACAUAGUUUCACUUUGGGAAAUAUCUAUUUUCAGUUGAGAUUUAGAGUCUAUUUUAAUUGAUAUGAUUAUGUUUGCAGGCCUAAAGAUGGUUUGAUCUGAGAGCACCUGUUAACAAUGGAGAAGAAUCAUCUCUCAAUGAUUCUGAAAUUCUUUGUCUAUAACUCAAUACACCGGCAGAAAAAUGCAUCACAUUUUUUAACAGGCUCUGUUUGCAAAAACAAUCAAAGGGAGUAUAAUCAGCAUCCAGACUGAGGUUGCUGUGUCCUAAUUGUGCUCACCAAAGAAUGCCAUGGUUUCAUCUAGUUUUUGCCUAUCAAAUUAGUUAAAUAGAAUAGUUUUUCACCCAAUGUAGCAAAAAGAAGGAAUGUUUUGGGAAAGACUCAGAUGGCCCUGACUACUGGGCAUGAGUUUUGUAAAUUGCAGGAAAUAGAGUACAGAAAGCAGAAUCACUGCACAAGAGAACUUGGCUUCAGUGUUUCAUUCAGCUGAAUUUGGAUCCAUGGCUUUCACUUUGAUUGACGUAGAUAAUAGAUUCAAAUGCAAAUACCUCAGUUAUUGAAUUACUGUAAAAAGGUUUUUUCUUAGAUGUAUGACUGGUGAUAGAUCAUAGCAUUAUUUUCUCUAGACGAUGAAGAAUAGCUUCAAUAAAACCCACUAUUACUUUGCUUCACCCCAUCUCUUUUACUUUGUUUCAGAGGAGAAGGUGCACCACUAACUUGGCCAAGAGACCAGGAGCCUGUUUGCACUUCUAAGUUUAAGGCCGAUUACAUAAACUUCUUUCGUGUCAAAGAAGCAGUAAUAGCAGUACAUGGAUAGUUAUAGCAAGUUUCGAUAGCAAUAAAGGGAUAGUUAUAGCACGUUUUGUUAUCUUUACACACUACGAAGCAAUGCUUCUGCUGGCUAAAGCUUACAAAAUCUCCAAGAAAGGAACGUACGAGGA